AUGUGGGCGGAAAUUGCUCUAAGGCCGCUUGAUAAAUUGGAAAUUGAUCCCGAAGAAGAUGGACCUAGGAAACUAGAGACAACGGGAGUACAAAGGCCUGCUCGAUCUCUGGGUGUUAAUGAUGACGAGAAUGACACCGAGGAAGGGAAGGAGGAUGAUGAACCUAUAUUUAUUCCACUUGGGUUGCCCCGCCUGGUAGAAGGGGAACCGUACACUCCAAACGAUCCCGAAUGGCACACGAAUGCCAAGUUAGCCCGUGCCUCGGGCAAUUUGCGAUUCAUUAAAGGUAGGAUAGAUUGGCAGGCAUUGUUCACGGCUGGCUUUGUUAAGGGGCUAACAUGGACAUCUAGACCAUCUCGUAAUGCAUGUAUUGGAAAGCUUCUCCCGAGACCCUCGUAUCAUUCGCUUCACUGGAAGCCCUCUCCAAGUGAGAUUCCUCCAUCUAACUCAUGCAUUUCCAUACAAAACGCCCCCAACAUAUAUGCGGUCUGGCCUGUAACCACAGAAAGAGGGGACCUGAUAUGGAACGUGCUUGAACCACUUCGAGUCACGGCGUCAUUCAUACGCGCAGGCUAUUAUUAUCUUGCACUGAAACGCGCCAGACUGGAAAGCUUUCUGAAUAGACUGCGUUUCAAUAAUAACGGCCGGCUCGAGGCUCAGCGCCAGGCGGAAGAAUCAGUCAACACCCCAUAUAUCCUGCCCAUUCUAUCUUGGAUGCCUGGAAGUAGCGAAGACACAUCGACCUUUCAGAAACCCACGAUGCUGGAUAAACCAGACGUCAGGAGCAGCAGCCCCUUUCAGCCCGUUGUCGUCUACGAUUUAACAGACAAAAACAGAUAUGGGGAGAAUGAUAAAAUGCCCGAUCUACGUUCCGCGGUGGGAUUGUUCUUGAUGAUGCUAAGACAAUCGCCAGGCAGGUAUAAGUCGCCGCCACCUGGGGUGUUCAUUAUUGCAGGGAUGAUAACCCUACAUGGACCAGAGGGCUGGUGCAAUGUUUACGCAAAAGGGGUUUACGACCCCACGAACAACAGGGUGGAAGUUGGUAUGGAUUUGGUAUCUAUCAUGCCUUAUUUCUAG